AUGAGCAGUCGAUACGACCCCACCCGGACGUCCAAGGUGGAGCUCACCAGCGAGGGCGUGGCCAGCCGGGUGAACUAUAUCUCCAACGCCCGGCUACCGAACAACUGGGAGUGGGGGAUGGAGCCCUUCAGCCGCCAAGAUCCGUCGGCUCAGAACUUCCCUCGGCAGGUGGUCGAGGAUGGCAACCUGGAGGACAAGGUGUGGGAGGCCGACCACGUCGACCCGGCGGACCGCGCAGCCGGCGAGGACGAGAACCCGGAGGCCGCCCACCAAGCCGUCGAGGAGCCAGGCGAGCCUUCCUCGCCCCCGCAGCCGGAGGAGGAGGAGGUCGUUGCUGCGGAGCCGCUCCGUGUGGUUCCCUUGGCUGCGGCGCCUCCUACGGCCGACACAGGGGUCGCCAUCAAGUUCUCCAAGGGCGCGGGGGCCGGCACGGCUUCCGGCACCGUCUCACCGCCGCCCGCUCCGCCGCGGGGGAGGAGGGAGCCGACCCCGCAGCCUCCGGCUAAGGAGCGGGCGCGUACGCCGCCUGUCUUCCCGCUGCCCUCGGUGGGAGCGGGAACUUCAUCUUCUGUGCCGCCCCCAGCGAACUCACGCUCCGGCUCCCAGGAUGAGCCGGCUCGCCGCACCAGCCAGCCGACGAUUGGCGACCUCUUGCAGUGCCGCCGGCCGGAGGCACCGCCGACUGGAGCAGGUGGGGCCGUGCCUGGAGCCAGGGCCGGUUCGGGCCCGAGGGUGACGCCGCCGCCGCCUCCCUCUUCGGAGCCGGCCAGGGAAGAGCCGGCGCGAGCGGCCAGCGCCGACGCUAGGGCGUUGGUCAAGGCCAAGGGCCUGGCGGUGGAGCCUCAGGGGUCCUCGCGGCCGCAGGUGAGCAUGCAUGUGGCUCCGGCCGCCUCAUUGGCGAAUGUUGUCUCCGCCUCCGACUCCAGCUUGGGCUCCGUGGGCACCAUGGAGAAGGAGUGGCGCGAUGCUGACGGCCAUGAGGUGACGAGACGGGAGGGCAAGAAGGGCAUGGCCUCCAUGGAGAUGUUCUUCUCCGACUUCCGCGCCUUCAUCAGCGGCUCCGCCACCGAAGCCGACAGCCGCCUGAAGCGGGUCGAGAAGGUUAACAAGACGGUCUCCGACAAGUGGGCCGACUUGUACAACCGGCUCGUGGCCAGCUACCACAAGGCCAAGACCGACCGCGCCGAGAUGGCUCGCAAGCUGGAGUCCGCCAAGGCUUCCGCCGCCCAUGUCCCUGAGCUGCAGGAGGAGCUCCGGCUCGCUCGUGAGACAGCCAGGGUCUUGGCUGCCAAGGCCAAGGAGACCGAGGGAGAGCUGUCGUGCCUACGCCGCCUGGAGGCCAGCCACAUCACCGAGCUCGACUCCAUCAAGCGGGUUGAGCAGGAGAAGGUGGACAGCCUGAACCGGCGCCUGAGCGAGGUUGACGAGAAGUGCCAGAAGUUGAGCAGUGACAUGACUGCCCAGUCUAAGGUGCUCUCCGAGACGUCCAAGCGCUGGGUCGAGGAGAUCAGCGCUCUGGACCGCGGCAUGGCAGCCACCUUCCCCGAGACUCAGGAGGAGGCAUUGGCGGCGGUGGGCAGAUCGCGGGAGGCGCGCCGGGCGGCCGGCGAGGAGAGCUCAGCGCACUUUAGCAUGGAGGAUCAUCUGGCGUCCAUGCACGCCCGGAUUACUCCGAUGACCAUGCUGGGGCAUGAGCUUCGGCUGGCGGCUGAGGACCUCUACCAGCUGCUGUGGCCGUACGAGGCGUUGCCCGGCGAUCUUGCCGCCCUGGUGAAGCGGCUCGAGGGCGCGCCCGACCGCCUGCUCGACUGGAAGGACUCCGCCGCUCGCGCUGGCGCUGACAUGGCCCUCUCCUUCGUGCUGUCUUGGUACGAGGAGGUUGACUUGGACCAGCUAGAGUCUCGUCGUGCCGGCGUGGAGGAUAACCUCAGCGCGGAGGCCAAGACCCGCCGGCUGGCGAGAGCCUACGCCAUCGCCGACUUCAUUGACAAGGGCACCUUCGUCAGCGACCCCGAUGCUCCUCAAGAGGGGCCGGGAGAAGACGAAGAGAUGGCUGAUGCCGAGGAGGCGGAUCCGGCUACUGACUCGCAGGCUCCCCCGGCUGGUCCUACUCCAGCUGGCGUUUAG